UGAUAGGUGACGUACAGUUUGAAGAAACCAAAAGCAACGAAACAGCAAUCAUUUUAAAAGGGCUGGCAUACUUAAACUGUGGGGAAAUGAGAUGGUUGUCUCUAGCUUUAGGCAGUGGCACCCUUGGAGAAUUUGGAGCACAAAUAAUUGGUUUAAUAAGAAAAGGGACAUCGGGGACUAAAGGAUGUUUGAUUCGUGCGUCUGUAAUCAGUCUGAUCGAGCACGCCUGGAAAACCAAGAAAACAGGGUAUAAACAAUGUAGAAAGAUGCAUUGAAAAAGAAGCACCCUACAGUACGAGGUGAGGCCAAUAAAACGAGCGGCUGAAUGUGUUUUACACUUCGCCGUAUACUGCGCAAUCCAAUCGCGUGGAAGGGAAUCUAUGUUCAAGACGUACCUCGCAGCAUAGGUCCUACUUCAUCAUUUACAAAAGACACAGAAACACCUUAAGGAAUCGUUCCUUUUACAUGGCAGAGGUGAAGUUCCUACGGACUGUGUUGUAACAUUUAAUUGAUAUUAUAUUCCUGUUUCUUGACUAUUCCAAGGAUGCAAUGGAGAUUUUUACCGGCUCAGUUGGAAAUGUUUCAGAUGUCUAUAACGAGACAGUAACAGUGGACAUUGAGUAUGCUACCUUGGUUGGCCUGUGCCUGUGCCUUAUCGUCACAAUGACGAUAUCUGGGAACGUCUUAGUGUUACUGGCCGUCGCGUUGAAUUCACAUUUACGAAGUGCCACCAAUUAUUUCAUAAUGAAUCUUGCUUUGGCGGAUCUUCUCUUAGGCAUCGCUGUCCUGCCUUUUUCGGCCAGCUUGGAAAUACUUAAUUACUGGGCAUUUGGACGGGCAAUCUGUGAUAUAUGGGCGGCUGUUGACGUGUUGUGUUGUACUGCUUCCAUAAUGACAUUGUGUGUCAUAAGCGUGGACAGAUACAUUGGAGUGUCAAAACCUUUACAACACUGUUAUAUAAUAACAGAACGACGGGCGGCAUUGAUAGUGGUUCUUGUUUGGUUGCUGUCGUUGGUGAUAUCUCUCGGACCUUUAAUAGGAUGGAAAGAACCGGCGGAUCCGGACGAACGUGUUUGUACAGUUACUACUCAAACUGGAUACGUCAUUUUCUCCGUCUCAGGCUCUUUUUACAUCCCCAUGGUGAUUAUAGUCGGUGUUUACUAUAAGAUUUAUAAGGCAGCGAUCAGACAGUCAACAUUUCUAUCAACAGGGUACAAACGAUAUAAAGGCUCGUCAACAGACGACAACGGAGACGAAAGUAAAGAUGUUAUUUUGCGCGUACAUGUACGGAGCAAGCAAGGUGCCGAGACAAAAGUAUGUGACUCCCCGCACAAAAAUGGUUCCAUGAUAACCCAUCCUAACAGUAACCACCACAGUCAUGCCUGGCGGGAAACAAAGGACACUGACAGUAGGAGUAGAACUUCCAGUGUUAGUAGUCGAAACCAGCCUUUCGAAUUCGGUAGGCGACAACACAGCAGACACACCCUACUGGGGAAGAUAGCGAAGUUUAGGCGAGAGAAAAAGGCGGCCAAGACGCUUGGAAUUGUCGUAGGGGUUUUCAUUCUCUGCUGGUUUCCAUUCUUCUUUGUGUUACCAUUAGACGCCUUAUGCCCCUCGUGCUACAUUCCAAAACUCUUGUUCAAAAUCAUAUUCUGGCUGGGCUACUGUAACAGUCUUAUGAACCCUAUCAUAUAUGCUUUCUCUAGCAGAGACUUUAGGGAGGCUUUCAGACGAAUAUUACACUGUCACUUUCAACGCAAACGAAGCUUCAUUCGAUACUCGGACGUCGAUGUUUCCUCUCCUCAAUACAAACACAAAUUCAGGCACGACCGACGGAAAGCUUUCAGAAAUGGCGAUCAGACUACAGGUAAAUCCUGUGCCAGUGCGGCUUCAGCUUUGAAUGGAAGUGGCAAGUUUGCCUCUUCUGAUCGUCGAUCUCAUAACAGAACGAGACUUUCAAGUAUCUCAAGCACGGAUUCUCAUAUCACAUCGUCAGAGAUGCUUCAUAUGUUAGCAGUAGAACACAAUGAAUUGAACAGCAUGGUGUCAGGCGAAAGAAAAACGACUGGAAAUGAAUCCUUAGAUCAUGCAGUGAAACCCAAACAGCAACACCAAAAUAGUAACGGCGCUGCUCACAAUCCUCAUCCUACGAUGGACGUCGUUACUGUUGUAUAAUAUGAAUGUCAGCUUCAUGCCAGGCAUGAGAAGUGUAAAGUUUUGUGUCCCUUUUGUGACCACGCGAUACAUGUACCAGAAUAUAUAAAAAUAUGUGUCAAAAGUUGGGUAAAGUUAGGCCAAGUUGAAAGGCCUUUUUAGGCCUUUUUGUUAAGACAUAAGACUAGAUGUCAACCAGUACUUUAUUGCUUAGACUAAGAAGUAUAAAACUAAUGAUGAUGCAUCACAGUGACCACAUUUCAGCUUUUUGUCGUGGACAGGCCAUGGUUUAAAGUGUACAGUAUUAUUGUGAAGUACAUGUAGAACGUUGCAAUUUAUAUUUUUAAGGGCAAUGCAGCAGUACCUUCAUUGGAUAUCGAGCGAUUAUAAUUUGUCCUCGAUCGUGAGGAUAUUCAGAAUAUAAGGAUAAAAUUGGAGUGGCUUAGCUGCACUCUAUACGCUCUUCGUCUGUUUAAGUAAUACUUGUCCUGAAUUUUCUUGGAAGUUAAGUUUCCUUUUAACAGCUAGACGCCAUAUUUGGCUUUAUAGAACGCUCCAUUCCCUUUACUUUUUUCUGUCUUAAAUAUGAACAGUUGUUUCGUCAGGCGUUUACCUUGAUUUAAAAGCUAUACACAACGCCAAUAAAUCAUGACAUUUAUCAAAACUGCUCUGAAGAAAGGCAUAUCUUGGACAUAAGAGUUACUUGUGUUACAUGUGAGUAAUGUACUAGGAUAUCUAGUUUGACCAUUAAUGUGCAAAGUCGAACGUGAUAUAUAUGCAUCGUUUUAUAGAAAAAA